CUCUGUUACUCUGUGGCGGAGGAGAUUGCGCCGCAGGGGACAGCCAGGGGGGUUACUCGGCACCCGAGGGUCGCGGUCGUGCCUCUCUUUACAGUCUGGCUUAUAUAGUGGACGCUGCCCGAACUACCCAUCUUGGCAAUGUGCCUCCCCUGCUUGGACUUUUUCUCGCGCCCGCACAACCCGACGCCCGAGAGAGAAAGAGAGAGAGAGAGAGAGAAAGACACGCAGAGAUAGUCUUGUCUUUGAGGAUCACAACGUCCACUUGUCAUUCGUCAGCAGACCCGAUUCGGCCUAGAGAAGAGAGAGAGAGAGAGGGAGAGAGGGAGGGAAAGAGAGAGAGAGAGAGAGAGACAGCUUAACCUCCUAGCCUGUGACUUGCUCCUCCCCCCCCGUGGCAUAGCACAACAUGUCAUUGGACAAGUCGAUUCCGGGCACCGGAGUCUUCCCCGUGGAUCCCGCGCGCAAGAGACCUAAGCGAACCAGGGCGAGCGCGUCAAAGGUUAGGACCGGAUGCUUAACAUGAGCCCGUCAUGUGAAGUGCGAUGAGGACAAGCCGUUUUGCAAAAGAUGCAGGAGAGACAGGCACAAGUGCGACGGGUACGCGGAGCCCUUUCAGACUAACCGACGAACGAGCCCCAAGGGCUCGACAUUGCCUCGUAGACGAGCAGCAGUCACGCCGGUGACGCAACUAACCCCUCCGAUCGACUGGGAUGUCUCUGGCACGACCUUGGAGAAGUUGAUGUUCCACCACGUCCACCGGUGUACGGUCCCGGACUUCGGCCUCGCAACGCCUCUGGCCAAGGUAUGGAGCAACUACAUACUGCCCCUCGGCUACUACGCCGACUCCAUCAAGCACGCCGUCAUCGCCCUCGGCGUUGCUCACAGAGCCUUCUUGGAGAGGGACCCCUCCGCCGACCCGGCGCCGUCCCAGUCCGAUUUGGCGAUCAACGACCUGGCCGAGAGGCACUACCGGAAAGCCGUCUCGGAAGCGAUCCAAAUCAUGGCCGACCCGUCCCCGGUCAACGUCCGCGUCACGCUCGUCUGCUGCCUCGUCUUCGUCUGCUUGGAGAUCGUGAGGGGCCAGUACGACAAGGCCAUCCAGCACCUGAGAUCCGGGUCGCGCGUCCUGGAGUCGCUCCACCAGGCCUCCUCCCUGGCCAGCCGGCGCGACUCCACCGCCUCGCUCUCGGCGUCCGACCGGUGCCUGGCCGAGACGGUGCGGAACCACUUUGACCAGCUGUGCGACAUCGCCGACAUGUUCACCUGCAUGGGCAUGGACGCUUCGAUGCUGACCGAGGCCGACAUAGUACCGGACCUGUCCUUCUUCACGCGACCGGAGGGGGGCAGCGACGAGAACAAGCCGUUUGCCAGCGUCUCGGAGGCCCGGCAGUGUCUUCACUUUGUCGAGCUGGUGUUCGUGGAGGCCUUUGAUGACCGCUGGCACUGCAGUUCCGAUGGCUGCUGGCACUCUUCGGUGUCGUGCAACAGCAGCAGUAGCCCGACGCCCGGAUCGCAAAGCUCCGCCAAAGAGGGAUGGGACAAGGCGACGGCUCGUUUCAGAGCGUGGUGCUCCCGCUUCGAGCUGUUCCAGAAGGCCUUGCCCGAGGGCAUGGGGCCGGCGGAGCACGACGAGCUCAGGGCCCUGCAGUUCUCCCAGAAGAGCUGGGAGAUGUUCAACCAGCAGGACGGGCCCUGCGCCGUGAAAGACGUGAGCGCCGAUGAGCUCCACCGGCUCAUUGACAUGGCGGAGGACAUCACGUCCUCCCGGGAUGGGCGGCUCAGGCCCAAGUUCGCGCUGGUGGCCGACGUCGUGCCCUCGCUCGCGUACAUGUGCGCCUUCUGCGACAACGCCGAGGUCGAGCGGCGGAUCGUGGAUGUCCUGCGCGGCAUGAGACGCAGGGAGGGCGUGUGGGACAGCCAGGAGAUGGCGGACCUGUACGAGCUGGUCCUGCAGGCCAAGCUCGACAACCGGUGGAAGGAGGAGUACAACUGGGAGACGCUGCCGAGCCUCACGAGGAUGAUAUCGAACAUAGGGGUUUCUAGCCCGUCGACGAGGAGUCUCGGCAGCACCCCGCUGGCCUCGCUCUGA